CCUGGAUACAAUCUUUUUGUCUCGGCGAUACAUUACGCUUUCUGUUAAAGGACAAUCUCUUUUUUAUAGCUAGUUCAGCCGUAGUUAUCAAAUGGCCCCUUCUGAAGAAGGUCUUGAAAAGUUGCUUAAGUUUAAGAAUUAUUCCCCCCGAGAUCCUACUUUAGCCUCUUUAAAGCUAAUGAAUCCUUGCCAAAUGCAAGUUGAACUAACUGAAAUUCGCAAAAAUGAUAAUAAUGAUGAAUCUAUUCUCAAUAAGGAUAUAGAUUUAGGCAGUUUGGCGCCAAGAAAGAUUACUUGGGAUUUAGAAAGAGAUUUAGCCAAAAAAUUUCGGCGUUUAGAGAGGAAAACCGGCAAAGCUAUUGCGGAACUCGUUAAAGAAAGACUGCAGGGAGAGAGGAGUGAUGACAUUGUUUAUGUGUGUUCUAUGUGCCAGCAAAUUGUACUGAUCCUGUAUAGGAAAUUUUGUUGGCUUCUAGCUGGUAUGCGCGCUUGCACUUAG